CAGUGAUGUUAGUUUGUGUUGGCCUCCUGCUGCUCCUCCUCCUGCUGCUCCACGGCGUCGGCGUCGGUGGCGCCGUUCCGGCGAGCCCUCCGAAUCCUACUCAUCCUAGCUAGCGCUGCCUGCCCUGCUUCACUCCCUCCCACCCUCACUGGCGCCUCACCAUGAUCCAUGUCGACUUUCCCUCCUCCACCCCCCAGCGCCGCUAGGAGCCCCGUCGCCAGGGUGCGCCUCGACCACCUGGUCCCGUUCGACGGCGCCUUCACCCCGGCCUACGCGCGCGCAGUCGAAGCCGUCGCUGCUUCCCUCACGCGCCACGGCGCCGCCGCCGUCGACCUCCCUGCAGCGGACGCCGCUGUCGUCCGGUGCGCCCUCGAGUCCGCGCGCGCCUUCUUCUGCGACCGCUCCGGCCUCUACGUCUACCGCGCCGGGAGGGCUCUGGAUGAUGGAGAGUUGUCACCUGCUUGCAUGUCUGAUGCUUUCAGAUGUUUGGGUAAGACAGCCCGUGCUGCUCUCUGUGCAAUAGCACGGAACCUUCGCUUACGUUCAGAUGCUUUCAGCCAUUUGCUUGAUGACAACCCAUUGCCUCUUGAUGAGGUUUCAGCUUCAGAAUUGAUGGUGUCAUUUUCUCAUGGGCACCCCCAAAGCAGCCAGGCACCUAUGGUGGGCCUCAGGCCAUCAAUGGCUGAAGUUGAUAGAGGUUUUGUUACACUGGUUGCUUCUGACCAUCCAGGAAUUGAGGUUUGCAACCCAAAUGGUCAUUGGUACCCAGCGGAUGUGGGCUCAAGCCCUGAUGUCCUGUUGCUUUUGACUGGAAGAGCCUUGAGUCAUGUUACUGCUGGCCUACGUCUAAAUUCUCAGUACAGGAUCAUUAAUAAUGAAAACAGGGCAUCACUCAUGUUUAGGCUCAUGCCUCGUGCCAAUGCAAUAUUGGACUGCUCUCCAAUUUCAGCUGCUGGGCAUUGCACACCACAGAUCCACCGGCCCAUAUCUGCAAGUCAGUUUAUGGAUGAUUUGCGUGCUGAAGAGAAUGUUUACCAUCACUUAGAAGCACCGCCUGAAUCACAGGGAAACUUUGUUAAUGAACCAUCGCUCAGAAGUGUACUGUCAGACCCUUUGUCUGGGGCUUUUCUUGAAGAUGCUAUGGUUCUCCCAUGUGGGCACUCGUUUGGUGGCCUCAUGCUGAAGAAAGUUCUUGAAUUGGCAAGGUGCAGCAUUUGCAACGGAGAUGUUGAUGAGGCCUCCUUAUUUCCUAACCUCGCUCUAAGAGCGGUAGCUACCGUGGUGAAGAUGGAAGACGAUAGGAGGCUCUUUCACAAUGCGGCCCUUCGAAAGCGCAGGAAAGAAGUGACUGAGCAUAUGGAUGCCCAAAGGCGAAAUGGAAGUAGCAAGGACAGUAUUGAGCUGGGGCUAGAAGCUGAAAGCCCUAGAGCGUUCAAGGGGGUGCAGUACCCGUUUGUGGUGGGUGAGAGAGUCCUGAUCAUGGGAAACAAAAGGACGCCUGAUAAAUUCGUUGGGAAGGAGGCAGUGGUGACAUCACAGUGCCUGAAUGGCUGGUACCUUGUGAAGGCAGUUGAUAGCGGAGAAAGCAUACGGCUGCAGUACAGGUCGCUGAGGAAAGCAGGGGAGCUACAAGUGCAAGCACUCCUGCAGAGUAGACGAUGAUUUUUUGCACUAGUGUUGCUUGUCUCGUGUUUUGUUUCUGUCCUAUGCGAUGAAAAGGAAAAGGAAAGGAUGCAGCGUCCUUUUGUACAAAUUUCCAUUCAGUUUUGCCAGCCAAGUCACGUAGCUGUAAAAUGACAGAUGUUGUGUGGUGUUCUGUGGCCUUUGUGCUUGUGCACUAAGUCUUGUUAAUUGUCAUACAUGCUCCCUUCGUAAAAAAAAAGGAGUCUUAAGUACAAGAUUUUUUUUCUAAAUAUUUUGAUU